AUGGAUGAUUUAUAUUUCAAAAUUGAUAUCGUUUUAAAUGAGUGUUCCAGAUAUUUAUGCAAUUUUGAGAAAAAAGAAUUUCAUGAAUAUAAAAUCAUAUUCAUAGAUUUAAUAAACGGACCACUCCUUCAAUUUGUAAAAUCAAUUCAAGUUUUUUUAAAAACAUUCAAAAAUAAAAAUGUUUACAUGCUUUGUGUAUGCUUAAGUCAAAUUCGAAAAUGUCUCCUCUUGUAUGAAACAACUAUAUCAGAACAAAAUAAUGUUCUAAACUUUGAAAAGGUUCUAAGCGUGUACAUAAUUAAGCGAAUUCAAAAAUGUUUUUAUAAGUUGGAAGACUGUUUGGAAAUGAUAGAUUUAACUGACGUAGAUGAACAUCCAGGAAAAUUCAUCGAUCAAAUGAAUAUUGUUUUAAAUGCGUUAAGCAACAGGGAUCAUUUUGAACUUAUUAAACCUAAUAUCAAUAAAAUUUUAUUUCAAGCUAUAACUAUUGCUAAAGUUGCAGAUACAAUAGACAACUUAGAAAUAACAUCUUCAUCUAAACAUGUUUUAACAGCGAUUCAACACUUCGAAAAGAUAAAUAUCAAUGAAACUGAUAAUUUUUUCCGAUAUGAUUAUUUAUCUUCCUCAUUAUCUAUUCUUGAAAGAAGAAUUAAUACAUCAGUAUUGCACCUUAUAUUUAAGAUUUUUAAUGAUCCAUUUUUUAUUAUUAAAAAACUGAUUAAAAAGUGUGGAGAUUCUGUUGACAUUCAACUAAGAAAUUCAUCAGAUUUAUCUAAUAUGAUUUGUGAUUUGGAUAAAUAUACUGAUGUAUUAAUUCAGAUUGGACUAUUUUCUGUGGCCUGUUGUAAAAAUGAUGAAUAUGUUAUUCCUUUAAAAUCGUGUAUAUCAAGCUUGGAACUUUUGGACAGUGAUAUGGUACCAGCUAUUAUUGAGUUUUAUUUAGAUCCGACUUCAUUAGUGAAAAAAACAUUUUUAAAGGUGCUAAUAAACCAUUGGGUUUGUGAGAUUUGUGAAAUACAAAAUCUUCUAGACAAAAUUGUUGAUCCCUAUGCAUUCAUUCAAACAACAAUAGAAACUUCUAUGAAUAUUAUUGAUACUAUCCAAAAGAGUGAUCCAAAUACCAACAUGGAUUUAUAUGUAUAUUUGUUAAAUGGAAUGGUUAAUUUUUCAAAGUUUAUUGAAAAAAUAUUUACAGUGACCCUUUUUGAAAAUAAAGAACUUUCUACAACUUACAAGCAGUAUAAAAAUGCUCUGAGAGAGUAUAAUGCAUGUUUAAUCUAUAAUCAAAAAACAAGUCACAGUUAUAAUGAUUCAACUAAAAAUCAAUUACUUAAAAGAUGUGCAAUUAUAAUCAAAUAUUUGAAAAAUAUUCAAACUAUAAUUUCUGAUAUGCUGGAUGAUAAAAGUUUGUCUAAAUUAGAAAAUACAUAUUAUAUUUUAUCUAAAACAAAACAAUCCUCUCUGAGUUUGUUUCAAAAUGAUAACCUAGAUAAUAAUGAUGAUCUGAAUUUGUUGUUUACAACUAUUCAAGUUCAAAAAUCGUUCUACAAUAAUAAUUCAGAACGCAAAACUUCAAAUAAACUGUGUUAUCAAGAUUAUAAUUGUGUGCCUUCCGCUAAUGAAACAACCUAUGAUAAUAUUGUUACAAUGGAUCUUACAAACAUUUUAGAUAACUUUAUUCAUGAGUCAUUUGAUAUGAAUAAGGAUAAUAAAAAUACAGUAAAUAUAUGGGAAGAAAUAGGUAUUGAUACUCCUGCAAGAAUACAAGAUCUAGAAGAUGUUGAUAAUAAGAUUAUAAGUGUUAAGAAAUGCUGUUAA